ACGUCACCACUUCCACAACAACAAGAAGCUGAAAAACAAGGAAGUGAAUGAUUGUGAAGCCCAAACCUGUUACAAGGCCGUGAAAAGACGCGCAGAGGUCCGAUUAAUCCGAUAUUCCUCACUCUCCGGAUCAGCCGAGAACAAUGAACAACAAAGGUUCCUAUCCACAGCAGGCCGUGUACCCUCAGCAGAGCAGUGCACCUGUAUACCCUCCUGCUAUGCAAAUGUCUCCUCAGGCACCUCCUUACACGGAUACACCACCUGCAUAUUCUGAGAUAUACCAGCCCAGAUAUGUGCUUCCACCUCAGGUGCCUGGUCAGCUGCCUCAGAUGUCCUCUCCCUACCCUGGUGCUCAGGUGUACAUGCCCAUGCAGCCACACAUGUCUGUCGGGCCAGUGGGCCAGAAUGUCCCCAUGGCGUACUAUCCCAUGGGAGCCGUGUACCCCCCUGGUUCAGCAGUGAUGGUGGAAGGCGGCUUUGAUGCUGGUGCUCGCUUCACAGCAGGCAGCAGUGUUUCCCUCCCACCCCCACCUCCUGGACAUCCCCCCAAUGCAGCUCAGUUGGCUGCCAUGCAGGGUGCCAAUGUUGUAAUGACACAGCGCAAGAAUAACUUCUUCCUGGGUGGAUCCAGUGGAGGUUAUACCAUCUGGUAACAGCAAGUCCUCAACUCCUCCUUCAUGUCUAAACCGCGUCCCUGUCCCAAAUGAUGCCCCAGUUCUUCCCCCAUCCCAUAUGCUUCCCUUUUCAGGCUGCUUGGCCAUGCCACAAUACUGAUAUCACCUAACGGAAUGUAAUAUUUUAGAGCCCUCGUGAAAGGUACAGUACUCCACUUCUGACCUAGAGAACAAAUGACGACAGUGAACGCCUGGGGAGCACAAAUUUUUAAUGUCGUAGAAUUCAUUCCAUAGUUCUUCAUUGGUUCUACCCUCUUUGGUCAUUCCAGAUUGGACCUCUUUCAGGCAUCUGUAUUUGUUUGAGAGUCCUGGUCUCCUCUGAUCAAAUCGAUCACAAAUUACACUGAGAUGUUCUUGUAUACCUGUAAAGCUAUGUAAAUGAAAUGUUGAAAUAUCAGACCCGCAUUAUAUAGUUUAGCCGCUUUAUGGUGAAAGUGAAAUGCAGUUACAAAGUUGCAGUGAAAGCAAUUAAAAAAAAAUAAAUCUCCACUUGUCUUUUUUGAAAACUUUUAGUGUAGUUCAAUUAAUAGAUGUGUGGUAGUUCUAUGUAAAUACCAGUAUGAUGAUCAUGAGAAAUUACACCUCGACUAUACAAAAAAAAAAAAAAGAAUAAGCAUCUUGAAUGCUUUUAGCUAGAACUGUCUUGUCCUUU